AUGUGUUCUGAGAUACUGAUGGCAAAAGCCAAACUCUAUACUGUGGAGAUCCAGACCUUGGAGCCUGAGCUCACCAAGGUUUCUCUGUCAUCAAAGCUUCCUCUGGUUUGUUCUACUGUUGCUGAUGGCCUCAUCAGCAACUGUGCUGACAAUGUCAGUGUGUUCUUCACAAGUGAGGGGUAUGAGGCUGGCAGCCAACUUGAGGCCCUGUAUUUCUGCACACUUGCAGGAGGUGGAGGGCCUCCAAUCACCACAAAGGGGCCUGCAUUUGCAGGCUCCAUAAAGGCAUGUCCCUUAUCUUAUGCCCUCCUUGCCAGUGUCCUUCUGACAAAUGGGCAGGACAUGCUGGAGGCAGCUGAGCCUCCCAUUCCACUUCAGUGGAAGCUUGUUUUUGGUGGCAAAUCCAUGGGGUUGGUCAAAACGGCUGGCCCAGACAAUGCAGCACAUCUGGUUACUGCUCUCCUGGGGGCCCAUUUCAAUCAGCUCGAGCGGGACAAGACACUCCAGUUGGACUUUGUGGCCAAAGAUAACCACAACAGCUCUGCCUUUCAGGCCAAGGCCCUUGUGGGGCCCUUUGGAGGAAGAUUGGCCCACAUCCCCUCCUAG